AUGUCUAAGAUGACGUAUGAGCUCGAGGUCGUUAAGGACGCGGUACUGGCCUUCGAACACUCGAAAUUGUUUGGACUCGCCGUGAAGUACACCUCAGUUCCCACGUCCGACGAACAAGCUCAAUACGAAUUCUUCAUCAAGCAACUCCUGGACCAAGCAACUCGUUGCCAACUAGAUGAUGAAGAACACAAACUCCUCCUGGGGCUCAAGCUCAGCGCUGACAAGACCCGCCCAAAUCUGAAAACCAUUCGACUCCAGACUAUCUUGGACGAGAUCGACAUCCCGGCUCUGCAAGGCGUGACGAUCUUCCAACGAGGCGUACGACAUCCUCGAGUCGAAGCCUGCCUGGAAAACACCGACAAAGAACUCCUGUCGAUAUCGGAUUGCAUGAAGCUACUUCGAUCGCGACAAAUCCGCCUGGACAACCCGCCGAAUUUCCCGCGCAUGGUGCGAUCGGAGUCGGCCUCGACCACGGCGUCCGCACAUUCUUCGUCGCGCACUCCCCCUCGGUCGCUGAACACCCACUGUCGUGGAUCCAAGGUUGGAUUUGAGGAUCCGUCUACUCUCGAAAAGCUCCUUGCGGCCUACCUCUUUGUUUGGUCACUUCGUGCGAGCUUGUGGAUGCCUCGCACUAACCGCAAAAGACGGCACCUCACCGUCACGAAAAAACUCGACGUGGUGAAACAGCACCUUCGCGACGGCACCAGCGUCUACAUACUCGCUAAGAAGUACGGCGUGCAAGGCAACCAAGUACUCCGCUGGGUCCGCGACCACGAGAAGCUGAAGGCUGCCGUGGCGCGGUCGCCCGGUCUCAGUUCCGCGCAUACUGGCCGUGCAGUUGCCCGCUCUGACGUGGAAGCACAAGUUCUUGAUACGAUGAUGCUGGUACUCAAGGCUCGAAACAUUGAACCUGAUUUUCAUGGCGGUAAAACCAAGGCACGCACAUCUUGGGUGUACCAGUUCCUGCGCCGAAACAAGUUGAGCAUCCGUCGUCCGACGCGCGAAGGGCAGAAGCUGUCUUCCACCUUGGCCACGACGCGAAACGACUUUGUGGCCUCGGUGUGCGAAAGCUUUUUGCCAUUUGGUACAUUGGAAGGCCUCGAUUGGGACCAUGUCGUCAACAUGGACGAACGCCGAGGCUCCAAGACGGUGUCCGUGCGUACCUGCUCGUCAAACAACCCGCGUAUCACCGCAUGCUUGGCCGUGACGGUUUCGGGACGAAAGCUGCCACCGUUUGUUGUGUUCAAGGGGGUCCCCGGCGCUCGCAUUGAGGCCGCGUUGCCGGCUAUUUUGCCUGACGGUGUGUUUGCAACAUGCCAAAAAGCUGCAUGGAUGGACGAAAAAUCCACUGAGUUGUGGGUGAAAAAAGUUUGGAAGCAAUUUGCCCAGGGCUCCGACUCGUCGCUAUUAAUUCUGGACGACUACAAGUGCCACAAGCAAUCGAAAUUCACGAAUAUGAUCUCGGAUCAAGGAACGGAGCUCGAAAUUAUUCCUGGUGAUUAG